AUGCAUCUGAUUCCCAAAGAGCUCGAUAAGCUCGCCAUCUCUCAGCUAGGAUUUCUAGCUCAAAGACGUCUAGCAAGAGGUGUAAAACUGAAUCAUUCCGAAGCGACUGCUCUUAUCGCCAACAACCUCCAAGAGCUCAUCCGCGAUGGCAACCAUUGCGUCGCCGACCUCAUGGCCCUGGGCGCCACAAUGCUCGGCCGGCGCCACGUUCUGCCCGAAGUGACCUCGACGCUACACGAGAUCCAAGUCGAAGGCACUUUCCCCUCCGGAACCUACCUAGUCACCGUGCACAACCCCAUCAGCUCCGACGACGGCGACCUCGCCCGGGCGCUUUACGGGAGCUUCCUGCCCAUCCCUCCCAACGAUGACUCCGUCUUCCCUCUUCCCCCAGCCGCGGCCUACGAAGCCAGCAAGCAGCCCGGGGCCGUGGUCUGCGUCAAGGACGCCAAGGUGAAACUCAACGAGGGCCGCAACCGGAUUCGUUUAAAGAUCACCAGCAAGGGCGACCGUCCGAUCCAGGUCGGCAGCCAUUACCACUUCAUCGAGACGAACCCGCAGCUGUCAUUCGACCGCUUGCGCGCGUACGGGUAUCGGCUGGACAUCCCCGCCGGCACGUCGGUGCGGUUCGAGCCGGGCGACACCAAGACGGUGACGCUGGUGGAGAUUGGCGGCAACAAGGUUAUCAGGGGCGGCAAUAACCUGGCCUCGGGCAGGCUGGAUUUGUCCAGGGCGGAGGAGAUCAUUGCUAAGUUACAGGCGGCCGGCUUCGCCCAUGCCCCGGAGCCGGCGGGUGAUGCCGCGUUUAUCAGUGAGCCGUUUACCAUGGACCGCAGGGCGUACGCGGUCAUGUUUGGCCCGACUGUGGGGGAUAUGGUGAGGCUGGGCAGCACGGAUCUGUGGAUUAAGGUUGAGAAGGAUUAUACUGUUUACGGGGAUGAGUGUAAGUUUGGUGGCGGCAAGACGCUGAGAGAGGGCAUGGGACAGGCUACGGGCAGGUCGGAUGAGGAGACACUAGAUAUGGUGGUGACGAACGCGCUGGUGGUGGACUGGACGGGCAUCUACAAGGCGGAUAUCGGCAUCAAGGCCGGUGUCAUUGUGGGCAUCGGCAAGGCUGGUAACCCGGAUGUGAUGGAUGGUGUUACGCCGGGUAUGAUUGUGGGAAGUUGCACGGAUGUGGUGGCGGGUGAGGGCAAGAUCAUUACCGCCGGAGGUAUCGAUACGCAUAUUCACUUUAUCUGCCCUCAACAGGCAGCUGAGGCUUUGGCGGCUGGUAUCACCACUUUCCUUGGUGGAGGAACUGGUCCAAGCGCCGGCACAAACGCUACCACUUGCACCCCCGGCGCCCACUACAUGCGCCAAAUGCUUCAAGCCUGCGACUCCCUCCCUCUCAACAUCGGCAUCACCGGCAAGGGCAACGACUCCGACCCCUCCGCUCUCCGGGAACAGAUCCGUGCCGGCGCCUGCGGCCUCAAGCUACACGAAGACUGGGGCACCACGCCCGCGGCCAUCGACUCCUGCCUAACCGUCUGCGACGAGCUAGACGUGCAAUGCCUAAUUCACACCGACACGCUCAACGAGUCCGGCUUCAUGGAAUCCACCAUCGCCGCCUUCGCCGGCCGCACCAUCCACACCUACCACACGGAGGGAGCCGGCGGCGGCCACGCCCCAGAUAUCAUCUCGGUCGUCGAAUACCCCAACGUUCUUCCCUCAUCCACCAACCCGACCCGCCCUUACACGCGCAACACCCUCGACGAGCAUCUAGACAUGUUAAUGGUGUGCCACCAUCUCAGCAAGAACAUUCCCGAGGACGUAGCCUUUGCCGAAUCGCGCAUCCGCGCCGAGACCAUCGCCGCCGAGGACGUGCUGCACGACCUGGGCGCCAUCAGCAUGAUGUCCAGCGACAGCCAAGCGAUGGGCCGCUGCGGCGAAGUGAUCUUGCGGACAUGGAACACCGCCCACAAGAACAAGUUGCAACGCGGCUUCCUGCCCGAAGACCUCGCAGAAGCAGCCGCCAACAACGGAGACGGCGACAGUCCCGAAAACGAAACACAAAAAGCAGACAACUACCGCGUCAAGCGCUACAUAUCCAAAUACACAAUCAACCCGGCCCUGGCGCAGGGCAUGGCGCACCUGAUCGGCUCCAUCGAAGUCGGCAAGCUGGCGGACCUGGUAGUCUGGGACCCAGCGUGGUUCGGCACCAAGCCCUCUUUGGUUAUCAAAUCGGGACUGAUCGCGUGCGCGAUGAUGGGCGACCCGAACGCGUCUAUCCCUACCGUGCAACCGGUUAUUUCGAGGCAGAUGUUCGCGCCGAUGGUUGCGCAGACCAAAGUGCUGUUUGUGAGCCAGGCGAGCAUCGACAGCGGUGCGGUGCCGGGGUAUAACCUGAAGAGUCGGGUGGAGGCUGUCAGGGGCUGUAGGACGGUGAGUAAGAGGGAUAUGAAGUUUAAUGAGAAGACGCCGAGGAUGAAGGUCGAUCCGGAGAGGUAUACGGUUGAGGCGGAUGGGGAGGUUUGUGAGGCGGAGCCGAGCAGUGAGUUGCCGCUGACGCAGAGUUGGUUUGUUUACUAG